GAAACGAAAUGAAAUUGUUUCUGGAUAAGCUAAUGAGCUCAUCCAAGCAUUCUUCCAACACAACAUCUACUUCGGAAGUUUUUUCAGUUCCAUCCACGAAGAACUUCACAGUAGCACUCGUACAAUAAUCUGCAACCGCUGAAUCAGACAGGGUUAGAAAAGAUGGAGGUGGCAAUGUCUUUGAACCCCCUAGUGAGACGGCCUGGAAGAAAUCCCGUGGGUGGCGUCGCUUAUUCUUCACCUCUCAGGCACUCGGUCUUCUCCACAAGGACCGCUUCUACCUCCCGGAAAAGGCAUCAUGGUGGAAGGUUGUUGGUGGUUGAAGCUAAGGGAAAGAAAGGGAUGGCACCUCGCCAGUUCCCGCGUAUGGCUCCUCCCCCUCUGCCUAAGCUCGAGGAUGAUGGCAAUCCGAAAUUCGUCGUAUUCAUUCGCAUGGCCAAUCUUUACCUUUGGUACCCACUCAAUGUUGUUACUGGUGGAACAAGUGCAAAAAUCAUAGUUUCUGCAAAGGACAACUUUCUGGGGAAGUACAUUUACAAGGAUACCCUAGCUAGGAAUCUGGCGGCUGUCAUUUACCGAGAUGAAAAGGAACUUCAAAAGCAAGCAAUGAAACGACAUCGUGUCUUGCGGUCUGCUACAGAGUUUAGAUAUGGAUUCAAACUUGUUGAGAAUAAUAAUUUGAGGGCUGCUCUUUCUACCUCAGAUAUCACUGAGCUUCCACGAAAAGAAGAGCUUAAAACUGUUGUUGAUAAGGUGAAGGACUUCUUUGGAGUGGCUAAGGAAUCAUUUGGGAAGCUUUCAGCUCUUAAUUUAUCAUCUGAUUCAACCGAGGAAGAUUCUGAGAACUCAAAAGAAAAGACCAUGUUGGAAGGGCAAAGAAAGAUCCCAUAGAGGGGAAUGACAUUGUUUAUACGGAGUUUAUCGCUUGGUCUCUACUAGUUCCCACCUUUCAGAUCAGAUGAAAGUCUCUUGAAUUGGAAAGUGACAAAGGCACAGGGAAGAUCCAAUAGUAGAAUGGAGAUACAAGUGAGGCCCUAUUUAUACGUAGUACUACGUAUUACUUAAGGAUCAUCAUUAGUGUAUGAUCAUUAAUGGAAAUGGUAAAAAUGCCAAGUAAAUGUGGAGGCUACAAAUAGUCGGAUACUUGUUGGCUUUAUAUUCUUGUGUUCUUAACUAUUUCCAUUUCAGGAACUGUUAAUGAUGUGUGGGCGAAGUUAGGAUUUUUCAUUGUGAAAUACGUAGUACUACCUCUACCUCCGUUCCAUUUAUAUUGGGACUGAAGAAGAUUACACGGUUAUUAAGAAAAGUGGG